UAUUUUAAGAACUUAAUGCAUUGUUUGCAAAACACCAGUAAGAAUCAUUUCUUCAUUUCUACUUGGGGAUUUACAGACAUUUGUCUGCUCAUGUGUAUUAAUGAUUUAAAGAGGAAGGAAGUUAGUCGUGUUUUAAACAGCUUGAUAUCUAUUUAACACUACUGUACCAUCCACAGAAGACACACUCUGUCUUCAAAGACUACAUCCUCCUUUAUGAAUGUAGACAUGUUUACUGUGAGUUACUGACACACAGUAUUUCUCAUGUAUGUGAUCUAGCUGCUGAUUUAACAGAGACCAGAGGAGCAGCUAUGAGUUUAACAGCAGCAGCGAGUGGAUUUGUUGUCUUCCUUCUCUCUGUACAAGUGAUACAGGGUCAGGAUGACUGGGGGGUAACUUCCACCUCUACUCAGAUCUGUGCUGUUAAAGGAUCAACAGUGAACAUACACUGCAGCUACACAUACCCAUCCUGGUGGAAAGGCAGUGUUACUACAGUUGAGAGAACAUUAUGGUUUACUAAAAUGAAUUAUUAUCAACCUGUAGAUCUGACAACCGACUCAGAAUAUUCAGGUCGUGUGCAGCACAGUUCUAAUGACAAGGACUGCACUCUGAGAAUCUCAGACCUGAGAGAGAGAGACUCAGCUGAGUACAAGUUCAUGUUCACAACAAACCAAGAAGGUGGAAGAUAUAUCACUUCACCUGGAGUCACUUUGUCUGUCACAGCUCUGCAGGUGCAGGUGAUCAGAGUCUAUCAGUCUCAGACCUAUGUAGAUCUGAAGUGUCACAGCAGCUGCAGUCCAGCUGGUCGUCUCUCCUACGUCUGGUUCAACAACAGAGAACACAUUACCUCGGUGGAGACAUCUACUUAUAGAACCUGGUUUAAUCUCACAGACCUCUUCUCCUGUGCGUUGAAAGGACAUGAGAAGUUCCCCUCUCCUUCAGUGUAUGCUCCAAAGCUUCCCUCUGUGUCAGUGAGGCCCUCUGCUGAGAUAAUGGAGGGCAGUUCAGUGACUCUGACCUGUAGCAGUGAUGCUAACCCAGCAGCUAACUACACCUGGUACAAGGAGAACCAAACACUGCCUCAUGGACAACAAGGCAUCUACCAUUUCACCUCCAUCAGCUCUGAGGACAGAGGGAACUACUACUGCAAGUCUGAGAAUCAGCACGGACACAUCAACUCUACAUCUCUAUUUAUAGAUGUCCAGUAUGGUCCAAAGCUUCCCUCUGUGUCAGUGAGUCCCUCUGCUGAGAUAGUGGAGGGUAGUUCAGUGAAUCUGACCUGUAGCAGUGAUGCUAACCCAGCAGCUAAAUACACCUGGUACAAGAAAAACCAGACCCUGCUUUAAAGACCAAAAUAUAUUUAUUUCACUUCUAUCAGCUUAGAUGAUAGCGGGAACUACCACUGCCAGUCUGAGAAUUAGUAUGGCCAGAGAAACUCCACAUCUGUACAUAUA